AUGGAGGCGGAGAAGCUGCUGGACGUGGAAAGCGCGGAAAGCCAGGGACCAGCAGCUCGCCGACCAUGGAUGCCUCGACUGGCCACAUGUGUGGCCGCAUUGGCUACAAUGGCUACUCUUGCCUUUGUCCUUUAUCUUGGAGCCCAGCAUGGCACGGUUUCAGGGGACGUGCAGCGGCUGCAGCGUAAGUGGUGGACUCCUUGGCAGAAGCCUGCGGACGUGGUGCUGGGCAUUGACAUGGGGACCAGUGGCAGCUAUAUGGCCGUCUACAAGGAUGAGAAGGUUGAAAUCAUCAAAAACAACGACAAGCCAUUGACGCCGAGCUAUGUGAGCUUUGCCGGCAAGGACCCGCUCGUCGGCGAGGCCGCAAGGGACAAGGUCAAGGAAUCUCCAACACAGAGCCUGUACAACGUGAAGCGCUUGAUGGGUCGUGACUUCAAUGAUGCGGAGGUGCAGAAAAUGAUCAAGUUCUUGCCGUACAAGAUCGUGGAGAAGUCCGGCAAGCCCAUGAUCAGCGUCAACGACAAGCUCUGGACACCUGAGGACGUGUCCUCCUUGCUCCUCGCAGAUAUGAGGGCGGCGGCUGGGAGCCAGCUGAACCAGGAGGUGAAAAAGGCCGUGAUCACCGUGCCUGGCUACAGCAAUGAUGCUCAACGCCGGUCCAUGAUGGCUGCCGCCAAGAAGGCGGGCUUCACCGACGUCGAGCUAAUCAACAAGGGCACGGCGGACGCCCUCGACUACGCUUUCAGAUUUGCACGAGAUGAGAUGAAGAUAAUCUUGGUUUAUGACCUUGGUGGAGGCUUCUUCGAUGCUACCCUGGCCGAGUGGAGUGGAGACGGCUUCCUUGAGGUUUUGGGCACAGCCGGAGACACCACUCUGGGGGGAGAGGACUUCACUGAUUUGACUACCCAGGAUCUGCUGGCGAAGUUCAAACACAAACAUGGCAAGGACAUGGACCCGGGCUCCGCCCAGACAUUGCGCAUCAAGGUUGCGGAGGCCAUCCAGGCAUUGAGCUCCAGCAAGGAGGUGCAAAUCCAGAUGGACGUGGACGGUGCGGACUUCAAGGAGACCCUCACGCGUGAGAAGUUUGAGGCGCUCAACAUUGCGAGUUUCCAAAACACCUUAGAGUCCAUCGACAAGGUCCUAGAGCAUUCCGGUAGGCCCAGGAGUGACGUGGAUGAGAUCGUGUUGGCGGGCAGCUCCAGUCACAUCCCCAAGGUGGAGCAGCUUGUGAAAGACUACUUCCACAAGGAGCCGAAGAUGGCGUCUCCCUUUGCGGCGCGAGCCGCAGGGGCAGCGAUCAUGGGCACCCUCAAGGGCAACAGUGACAUGCUGGUCCUUGAUGUGAUGCCCCUGACGGUGGGCGUCCAGGAAGUGGGAGGGACUAUGAUGAGAUUGAUUGAGCGCAGCUCAACGAUCCCGAUAAAGAAAAGUGAAACUUGGACGACCUCCAGCGACAACCAGCCGAAAGUGACCAUCAAGGUUUACGAAGGGGAGCGGGCGCUGGCCAAAGACAACCACUGCCUGGCUGAGUUCGACGUGACGGGCAUCCCACCACAACCGCGCGGCAAGCCGCAGAUCGAGGUCGAAUUCGCGAUGGACAAGAAUGCCAUCCUGACGGCUUCAGCAAAAGACAAGGUCACGAAGAAGAAGUUCGACAUUGUCAGGAGGGGUUGCAUGAAAUGA